GAGAGCUGUGAUUGGCCAUAGCUUGUCACAUGGUACAAGGCUGUUGUGAAUAGCCUUGUACCAUGUGACCUCUGAUCAUUCACAGAUUUAGCUAGUAGUAAGCAAUGAUGCCAGAACUGACUUGCUUACAACUAUUCAUGUGAUCACUGAUUGGCCAAUCAGUGAUCACAUGAUUGGGACCUCACACAGAGGUCUCAUACAGCGAUCCAAAGAAGUUAUUUCUUGUAUAACAGUACCCAGAUACCUUUGUAACUUAAUCUGGCAAUGCAUUAUACAAUUUUCUUUUUCAAUUUCCUUUGUC